ACUUGUAGGCAAGAAUGCAAGCUAAGACGGGGGCGAUUGACCAACCACAGCGAAGUGAAUUACUGAAUUUGGGGCUUUUAGUGCCCCACCUGUAGGUACUGACUUUGCACUGGCCUAGCCCCCCUCUAUCGAUAAGAUGCGACCCCAAAAAUAUUUCUGUAGGUUCUAAACUUUACAAACUUCAAUUCAAGUUGCGUCUCGUCGCAACCAACAACAACACAAGAUGGCGCCUUCAAGAACGAGAACAGUCAAAAACAAGCAUGCGGCGAAUAAGUCCGGAAUCAGCUCUAGCAAAUCUUCGAAAAGCGGCCCCUCGGAUGGCGUUUCCAAGCCGAAACGAAAAGGCGCGCCUCUUUCGAAGCAAGUGAGAACCAAAAACGCUGCCGACUUGUUGAAGAAGAAAAAGAAGAAGGUCUACACAGAGAAAGAGCUUGGUAUUCCGGAAUUGAAUAUGGUGACGCCGAUUGGUGUUACAAAGCCCAAAGGGAAGAAAAAGGGCAAGGUUUUCGUGGAUGAUAAGGAAAGCAUGAGCACAAUCCUUGCCAUGGUGCAAGCAGACAAGGAAGGCGAAAUCGAGUCCAAGAUGAUCAAAGCCCGACAAAUGGAAGAGAUUCGAGAAGCGCGAAGAGUAGAAGCAGAAAAGAAGGAAGACGAAAAGAAGACGAAGCUCGACCAGACCAAGGAGUCGCUUAGAAAAAAGAGGAAGAGAACGAACAAACCCGACGGUGAUGAUUAUGAAAUCAAGGAUGUCGCAUUAGCGGGUACGAAGGCCGCGAAACCGAAAAAGAAGAGGGUAUCAUUUGCAUAGAGGAUUUUGGACGAGAUUAUAAGCAGUUAACCGGCGUUCUGGCGUUGAUUCGGAUUACCUCCGAGGAAAAGCACGACCAUUCAUAGAUGAGCCCAUAGCAUCAAAGCGUUUUCGUGAUACCCCAAGAUGAGGACAAAUUUCCAGGCCUACCUUAUGUGAAUUGGACUUCAUUUCGCUAUUCGCGUACAAAUGAGAGGUUUGGGGCUAUCAUGUUUGCCUCAUUGCGUAUGAC